AUGACUUCAGCCCAGGGCAAGACUGUCAUUGUCACCGGCGCCGCCGGCGGUCUCGGCAAGGCCAUCGCAACCGCCUUCCUCGCAGCAGGUGCCAACGUUGCCGUUUGUGACGUUCACGACGAGCGUCUCGCCUCGGUCGAUGAGGAAUGGUCCAAGUCAUACCCCGGCAAGUUCCUGACGCGGAAGACGGAUGUCACAGACGAAGCCUCUGUUCAGACUCUCGUCGACGAUGCCGUCGCCAAGUUCGGCCGUCUCGACGUCCUUGUGAACUCGGCAGGGAUCAUGGAUGGGUUUGAGCCCGCAGGUGCUUGCUCCAAGGAGAAGUGGGACCGUGUGCUCAACGUCAACCUCAAUGGGCCCUUCCUUACCACCAAGUCGGCCAUUGACCAGUUCGAGAAGCAAGAGCCCGGCUGCAGUGUCAUUAUCAACAUCGGCUCCAUCGCCAGCGUCCACGGCUUCAAGGCCGGCGCUGCCUACUCUGCCUCCAAGGCCGCCCUCAUGUCGCUGACCAAGAACACGGCUGGCUAUUAUGGAGACAAGAGCAUAUACUCCAUCGGGCUAAUGCUAGGCGGGAUGGACACCAACAUCACAGACGCAUUCGCCCAGGGGAUGCACACGGAGGCUUUCCAAAAGGUCGGGGCCUCGCAAGCCCCCUUCCGCCCGGAGUACCAAGUACCCAUCACCUCGGUGGCCAAGUACUGUCUUUUCCUGUCCGACCAGGACAUCGCCCCUUCUGCCAACGGGUCGUGUAUUAUGUUUAACAAGAACUGGCCCGAGGCAUGA